CGUUGUUAAAUAUCCAUCGACGAUACUUUACGCAAGCUUUAGAGGACCAGCCCAAUGACCUCCUGAAGCAUAAGUACGGCCCCUCGGUCAUGGCGAUGUAUCGCUCUGCGUGGCGAGUGAUAGAAAGUCACUCGCAUGCAGUUAGGAAGAUUCCGCAAGUGAUUGAGCGGUUGGGUCUUUUCUGGUCACAUGCUUUAUCCGCCGCUAUCGUCAUGUGCAUGAUCGUCAACCGUGCUCCUCAAUCAAACAUAGCGUCUUCUUCAUUGCGCGAGCUGGAUGUAGUCUACGAUGUGUUCCAGAAGUCAGCGCCAACCUCAAAGCCUGCCGCUGUGCUCCUCGACUCAAUAACAAAAGUAUGGAAAAAGGGCCACGAUGCUGUUGAUCGCCCUCUAUAUGAUGAUCAGUCCAGCUUAUCCCGUGCUGAGCUCGAUCGCCUUGGCGGGGGCAAAACUCAUCUAAUAUCCAAGACGACUCCUCGAUCCAGCGCCUCGCCACCGUCUGUGCAUUCCUCACCAUCAGAAGCUGGAUCAAGCGGCUCGUCCCAGCCGAGCAGACAAUUCACAUGGGACGGGCAGGGCGUCGGGUUCGAUAUACACCCACGCAUCAUGCAGGACAUGCGCGUCUUUGACAAGUUUGAGCAAUCGCCGUUCACUGCGGGCGGAUCUUUUGACUCGUCUGAGUCUUUCUUCCAGGCGAUGAGCGACGUGCAGUUUAGCGGGUCGAGUGUGUAUGGGGCGGAGAUUUAUAGUGGACAGCCGCAGGUGUUGAAUACGUUUCAUCCGGCACACCCGUAUGGCGCGCCGAGUGGGAUGCAUGAGGCGCCAGUGCUGGAUGCAGCGUGGCAGAACUUUGUGGAGCAGCUGGGGUUUUGA